AUGGCCACCCAGAGCGAGAGCAAGCUCGAGGCCGGCCCCAAGCCGACCCCCGUCUACACGGAGCAUGGCGUCUAUACGCCUCAGGUCGAGCUCAUCGAGGCUGCCGUCGCCGCCAGUGACGCCGAGGCCCUGCUCUCCCGCAAGGAGCUCUUCAACCGCUACUGGCCUGCUGCCGUCUACAGCAUGCUUCUCAGUCUCGCCCUCGUCAUGGAGGGCAUGGACGUCGGUCUCAUCAACAACUUCUUCGCCCACGACGCCUACCUCAAGAAGUUCGGUUGGCCUGACGCCACCGGCAAGCUGCACAUCUCGGCCAAGUGGCAGGGCGCCAUCGGUGCCGGCAACAACUGCGGCUCCAUCAUCGGUCUCCUGAUCAACGGUUACCUCCAGGCCCGCUACGGGUCCCGCAAGGUCUACAUGCGUCGGCAUGCUCGUCGCCGGCAACGUCAUCUGCGGCAUCCCUGGGGCAUCUUCCAGACCCUCACCACCGCCUACGCCGCCGAGAUCUGCCCUGCCGCCAUGCGCGGCUACCUGACGGCCUGGGUCUCCAUGUGCUGGGGUGCCGGCAGCUUCCUCGCCACCGGCGUCCUCCGCGGCUCCCUGAACCUCAAGGGCGAUGCCGGCUGGCGCGUCCCCUACGGCCUCCAGUGGGUCUGGGUGCCCCCUCUGCUGCUCGUCGGCUUCCUCGCCCCCGAGAGCCCCUGGUACCUCAUCCGCCGCAACCGCAUCGAGGAUGCCGAGAAGAGCCUGCGUCGCCUGGCGCGCGAGGGCCACUACACGGAGCAGUCGAUGGCCGAGACCCUCGCCCUCAUGAAGCACACCAACGAGAUGGAGAAGAUUGAGUCGGCCGAGGCCAGCUACAAGGACUGUUUCUCCGGCACCAACCUUCGUCGCACCGGCAUCAUCUGCAUGGCCUGGCUCAUCCAGAUGCUCAACGGCCAGUCCAUCACCGCCUACGCCGCCAUCAUGCUGCGCUCCAUCGGCAUGAGCGCCACCAUGGCCUUCAACUACAACAUGGCCAUCCAGUCGGUCAACAUUCUCGCCACCGGUAUCGCCAUUGUCCUCAUGGGCAAGAUCAACCGCCGCGCCUUCUACCUCUUCGGAUCCGGCGGCAUCGGCGCCUGCAUGCUCGUCAUCGGCAUCAUGGGCUUCGCCACGAGCAGGAAGAACAGCGCCAUCCCCGUCGCCGCCUUCCUCAUUGUCGUGCAGUGCAUCUUCAAGGUCUCCCUCGGCCCCACCACCUAUGUCGUCGUUGGCGAGACCUCGUCGAGCCGUCUCCGCGCCCAGACCAUCGUGCUCGGCCGUGCCGUCUACGUCGCUUGCGGUAUCGUCGUGCAGCAGGUCAACCCUCGCAUGCUCAACGCGACGGCCGACGCCUGGAACCUCGGCGCCAAGACGGGCAUGGUCUACUUCUGCCUCUGCUUCGUCUGGGUCUUCUGGAUCUUCUUCUUCCUGCCCGAGACCAGGAACAGGAGCUUCGCCGACAUUGACUACCUCUUCCAGAAGAAGGUCAACGCGCGCAAGUUUGCCACGACGCCUGUCGAUUUGUUCGAGUUCACGCAGCCCGACAGCAAGGAGAAGCUCGAGUACGUCGAGCAGGUCGAGUCGGCUGGAGGCCGUGAGCUUCGCUAG